GCAUGUAUGACCUGACAUGACCUCUGCAUUUGCCACACUGAGACCCAAGCAAAUCAAACAUUCCUUUUUCAUGUUUAUCUGUUUUUAUCUGCCAAAUCCCUUUUAGAAAGGAAGAAAAAAUGGCUGAUCAGCUCAUGACUGACGAACAGAUCUCUGAGUUCAGGGAGGCCUUCAGCCUCUUCGACAGCGACGCCGAUGGCCGUAUCACUACCAAAGAGCUUGGGACUGUAAUGCGGUCACUAGGGCUGAACCCAACUGCACCGGAAUUGCAAGAGAUGAUAAAUGAAGUUGAUACUGACAACAAUGGUACCAUAGAUUUCCUAGAAUUCCUUGAUCAGAUGGCCCGACAGAUGAAGGCCGCUGCUUUGGAGGAGGAGCUAAAGGAGGCUUUCCGGGUGUUCGACAAAGACCAAGAUGGCCUUAUUUCUGAAGUUGAGCUGCGAGAUGUUAUGGCAAAUCUUGGUGAGAAGCUGACGAAAGAGGAAGUUGAUGAGAUGAUUCGUGAGGCUGAUAUGGAUGGUAAUAACCAGGUCGACUAUAAGGAGUUUUCCAGAGUCAUGAUGGCCAAACGUAAGAGGGUGGGAGAUCAAAGAAGAGGCCCAAGCCCUAGUUUCCGAAGAGUAGAUCAGCCUAUCAAACUGAGGUCCUCAAAUGUAGAGGUCAGUGACAAGGGACGUCGUCUUUGUUGUUUCCUCUAAUUACCAGUAAAGCACUCCUGAAUGGUCCAAGUUGUGUGGUCCAAAUGACUCAGGUAUUUUUCGGCCUAUGUAUAAGAACAAUAAAUAAAUAAAUUGGACAAUGAUUGUAUAUAUCACGUACGUAGCAUGUAAAGUUACCUGGCGGCCUCUACUAAUAUUAAAGUCCUAAAGUAUUGCAAUAUCAUUUGAUUCCUCCUAA